UGUGGCACUAAUAAGAAAGCUGAGCAAGUGAGGAGGGCAAAAGAGGGGAAGACUGAAAAAACGAAUAGAAAUGCGAUAAAAAAAAAGUAGAGGAGGAGAAAAGGGGCGACACACAACUAACACGUUAAUGGAAGGAUUAUAAUCCACUGUUGGAGGGAUUUUUGACGCUCCCCAUGCGGAGAUUUGAGCUCGGCUGAACCAUGCAGGGACUGCUGCUGCUUCUGAGUUUGGCGUUGAGUUUUUACAGAGUGCGGACGGCACGGUUCUCUCAGGAGCCUGCAGACCAGUCGGUGGUUUUGGGCCAGAGGGUGGUCCUGUCCUGCGUGGUCUUCAACUAUUCGGGCAUUGUGCAGUGGACCAAGGAUGGACUGGCCUUAGGCAUCGGAGAAGACCUUCGGGCCUGGCCUAGGUAUCGUGUUCUAAGGCUGGUGGAUGUUGGUCAGUAUAAUCUGGAGAUCUCGGCUGCUGAACUGUCAGAUGACUCUCUCUAUGAAUGCCAGGCCACUGAGGCUGCACUGCGCUCCCGACGGGCCAAACUCACCGUCCUUAUUCCUCCCGAUGACCCAGUGAUUGAGGGCUCCCCAGAGAUCCUCCUCACAGCAGGAGUCCCCUACAACAUGAGCUGCGUGUCCCGUGGAGCCAAACCGGCCUCUGUCAUAGAGUGGCAGAAAGAUGGGCUGCCGAUUGAAGGGGCUGUCAGCACCACGGAGGUGCUCGCAGACAGGAAACGUGUGACUACACGAAGUUACCUGCCCGUUCUACCAAUAGAUACAGACACAGGGAAGAACUUCACCUGUGUGGCUACUAAUCCAGCAGUGCCAAUGGGCAAACGGGCCACUAUCUCCCUCAAUGUACACCACCCACCAGUGGUGACGUUAUCCAUUGAGCCUCGCUCUGUAUUGGAAGGAGAAAGAGUUACCUUCACCUGCCAAGCUACUGCCAACCCACCUAUUAUGGGUUACAAGUGGGCAAAGGGAGGUGUGGUCAUACAGGGGGCGAGAGAGAGAGUGUUCGUCACCAAGGCGGAUCACUCUUUCUUCACCGAGCCUGUGUCUUGCCAAGUGUUCAAUGCUGUGGGCAGCACAAAUGUCAGUAUACUCGUUGAUGUCCACUUUGGUCCUAUCCUGGUAGUGGAGCCUAAACCAGUAACGGUAGAUGAAGACUCAGACGUCACUUUAAACUGCAAGUGGGCAGGGAAUCCUCCUCUCACACUGACCUGGACAAAAAAGGGUUCAAGCAUGGUAUUGAGUAAUAAUAACCAGCUUUAUUUGAAGUCAGUAAGUCAGGCAGAUGCUGGUCAGUAUGUUUGUAAGGCCAUCGUACCCAGGAUCGGAGUGGGUGAAACAGAGGUCACACUCACUGUCAACGGUCCACCUAUAAUUUCCAGUGAACCGGUCCAGUAUGCAGUUCGAGGAGAGAGAGGGGAAGUCAAGUGUUACAUUGCCAGCACUCCUCCACCAGACAAGAUUGUGUGGGCAUGGAAGGAAAAUGUAUGGGAAAAGGAGAAGGGAAUUCUGUCAGAACGGUACACAGUAGAACAGAGCAAGAUGACCUCACAGGGUGGAGCAGUGUUGUCCACCCUCACCAUCAACAACGUCAUGGAGUCAGACUUCCAGUCCACAUACAACUGCACUGCGUGGAAUUCAUUUGGACCUGGGACCAUGAUUAUCACACUGGAAGAGACAGAAACAGUGCCGGUCGGGAUCAUUGCUGGUGGCAUUGUUGGCUGUUCAGUUCUUCUUCUCCUCUGUUUACUGGCAUUAGUGCUCUUCUUGUACAAGCAACGCAAAGGAAGUCGUCGAGGGGUGACGCUCGGCAAGCCAGAUAUCAAGGUCGAGACCAUAAACAAAGAGACCCACAGCCUGGAGGAAGACUCGGGCAGUGUCUCCACGGCAACACGCAUGGUUAAAGCCAUGUAUUCUUUUUUGCCUUCUGUGACCCUCUCUCCCUCCUCCCAGCCUUUUAAAGAUGACAUUGACCUCAAACAGGAGCUGCACAGUGACACACUGGACACACGCCAGGACUAUGAGCUCAAGGACCCAACAAAUGGCUACUACAACGUGAGAGCUUCCACACAUGAUGAGGGCCGUCCAGCCUCCCGAUCCAUGCACUACUCAGACUAUCGCACUUCCAGCCAGCCAGGGGGCGCUGCGACUGUCAGCAGUAGCUCAGGACCACCUGGAGCUACUGCAGGCCCGGGAACACCGAGCAGCUUGGCUCCAGGGUCACGAGCGGGCUGCUAUGAACCUCGCCCUCCCUCUAGACUCUCGCACAACAGCUACGCCCAAUUCAACACCUUCACCCGUGCUGGGCAGUCCCAGCAGCCUCCACCCAGUUCUGGUCCACAGACUAGCGACUUCCCCGCUGACUGCAGCCUCUUGGACUCUACCCCUCAGCUAGGAUAUGAAAAUUACGGCUACCCGUCCCACUAUCCAUCAUUUCGGAUUGGGUAUGCUCCGCCUAGCCUUGCCCCAUUAGAAAGUGGGCCAGCGUAUGAGAUGUAUGGGGUUGGACCGAGUGUCAGUGCAGGAGGCGGUGCCGGAACCCCAGAGACUGGACUCGGUAAAUACGGAAGUUCCACACGGUUCUCCUACACCUCUCAGCAUUCCGAUUAUUCCCACCGACACACACAGAGGAUGCAAACGCACGUGUAACAGAGAAGCACCGUGCUUUCGUAUGUUGUGCCAUUGUUGGCCAUAUAAAUACACAUACUCACAGUCACACUCACACAUAUACACAGAAUGGAAGUAAUGAAUGAACCAGAGAUAAUAAAAAAAGAAGGCUGAAUGAAAAAUGAAAAGCUCAGAUUAAACAGAGAGCAAGAAAUGAGAAUGGGAUGCAAGGCAGGAGAUGAGCAAAUUCUCUCUCUCUGUCUUUGUGUUUAAUCCCCAGCUCCAGGAGCUGACAGCGAAAGUCACAAUCAAGAGAGACUUGUAUCAAUGAAAGAUCUAAGAUCUUUAUAAUGCUCAAUAAAUAGUGAAUGCUCUGAAUAGGCAUGAUCACAAAGGUAAUUCAUGAGAAAUGAAGGGUGCCUUUUGUAGGUUAGUAGUCUGUUUGACAUGGUUUCUGAGAGAGAUGUUCAUAUGAGAUACAUGUAUGAAUUCUCUUGAAUAGCUUUUUCAACUCCUCUCCUUAUAGGUGAACAUACAUAAACAUGUUCAGGUCAUAUUUCCCACCAAAAUCAAAAGAAAGAAAAAGAUAAAUAAAUUACAUUUUGAAUAAAAAUUAAGCAUUUCUAGGACCAUUAAAUAAUUUUGGGGGGAACUGUGGCAUUAUUUUCAUGACAAUCAAGCAGUUUUUUUAUUUUAUUUUUGUUUUCGGGGAGAAAUAUGUCCUGGAUACUAAUACUAAUGUAUUAGAAACUAAUGAUCCAAACAUACUAACAUAUUUGAGUUUUUCCCAUUUAUAAAAUUUGACAAUGGAAAUGUAGAGCACCUGAGCUAUGUUACUAGCUAAUACUCCUGAUUACCAAAGCAACUGAAAGUGUUUUGAGACCAAAUUAUUUUUUGCUUUGCAUGGAAAUCAGAAUCAACCUUGCUAUCCAGUUUGCUGAGCUACCUCGUUAAACAGGUUACUAGCCUUUUAGUGUAACUAAAAAUGCUAACUCAAAUUACGAUAAACUAUUAGCAUAACCGUUAUGUUUGCAUAGUGUGGUGAAUCCAACCCAAUUUAAAAAAACACUUUUGCCUGGAGUCGCAAGUUCGAAUCCAGGGUGUGCUGAGUGACUCCAGUCAGGCUUCCUAAGCAACCAAUUGGCCCGGUUUCUAGGAUGGGUAGAGUCACAUUGGAUUAACCUCCUUAUGGUCACUGUAAUGUGGUUCUCGCUCUCGGUGGGGCGUGUGGUGAGUUGUGCGUGGAUGCCGUGGAGAAUAGCGUGAAGCCUCCACACACGCUAAGUCUCCACGGUAACGCGCUCAACAAGCCACGUGAUAAGAUGUGUGGAUUGACAGUCUCAGAUGCUGAGGCAACUGAGAUUCGUCCUCCACCACCACCACGAGGACUUAGAGUGCAUUGGGAAUUGGGCAUGCCAAAUUGGGGAGAAAAUCCCCUAAAAAGCACUUUUAAGCAUUUGCAUUAAAACCCAUUGCCCUUUAUAUUUCACCACAAAGGAGAAUAGCUGAGGGAUGCCAUUCAACAGUUUUCAGACAUGGCCAAUGACAUGGCCAUUUUUUUCAAUAUCGUACAAAUAGCUCAGAACAGUUAAAUUUAUAUAAAAAUAUACAGUAUACAUAUACAAGAAUGCCCUACUCUUUUCCAUGGUGCUUUUAUAGUGGGGUCAUUGUUUGCACUGCAUUCCAGUAUUCUAUCUUAGAUUACCCUCAUAAUCGAUCUGUAAUCUCUCAUUUGCACUCUAGGCUAGAGCAUUCUUUCCAUUUUUCAAAUAUUACCGAAAGAAAAAAACAUUUAUUUUUGUCAUGUUUUUUGUCAAGUGAUUCUGGACCAAAGGUUCAACGUUAGAGUAUCAGUCUUUAUUUGGGUGAUAUUCACCUCAACGAACAAGAAAAUAUGCAGAUUUGUUUGUUAUUGUUGUUUGCGAAUUUAUUCGGUCGUGAGUGACCAAGGGGUUUUUCGAGGGUUGGGAACAGCAGAGAAGGUCUUAAACCGUAUGAUCCAGCCUUAGGUAUCCAAACUUUCCCUUACUGAUCGAAGAUCAGGCUGCUAUCACUUUCGUCUUAAAGAUUACAAAGAUCAAAUUGGAACCAAUUUAAGGUCGGAGGUUGGGAGUGAUUUUUAACGUCUUGUACCCCAAUGCUAGCGUACAUUUGACUUUGAUAUGAAGUUUAUAAAUGCUUGAUAGGUUGGAGGUUCUUUCACUCACUUAUUCACACAAACACACACCUAAUAUUUGUGCCAAACAUAGACGCCUAACUUGAAGUAUUUUCUGCCAAUUAAGAAAAAACUACCUUAUGGGGACCAGAGAUGGUCUCUGGAUAUGAACUGUCUUCAACAGAUUUUGAAGGAUGCCAUUAUCAAAGCAAUGAUUAUCAUCAACGUGAUGAUUAGGAGAAAGAACUUGAGGAUUGAAGGCAAUCCUUCAGUAGUUGUUCUCGGAACAAAAAGGUACUCUCUAUGACUAGUUUUCGUCUUCGUCCGCAUUUCGAAACAACAAGCCCUGUAAAUACUUUCCCAUGUGUAAUUCUGACUUCAAGUAUUAUUUUACAUCAUCCAAUGUGAUGCACUCUUUAAAUGCAGUAUUGUUAUGUUUUUAAUCUCAAGAAGGAUGACAAACACCAUGGCGAUGGUACUUUGCGACUCAUAAGACAAGGAUGAUGAGUUUAGUGUAUCUUGGCUGGGAUCCAAUAUGAUGCCAUGAGCAUUCAGGAGGAUCUUGAUAAAACAUCUUGAUACCUGCCCAAGCUGCCCAUCACUUAGCCUUGAUACUGAUGGUUUAUUACUUGUGUGAUGGCCUGGGGAGAAUCUUGUGGGAGAUGUGGCUCAACCCACUGGACGGUAUUUGCAUCCCCCCAUCUAAGAACUUGAAGCUCCAUGAAGACGAGAAGAAGGAACAAUGAAGAAGUAAAUAUAAUUUAAAAAAGAGUGGCCUUAGGAAAACAUGACUUUUAUAUUCCCUCACUUUAUAAACCGGCUUAAGGCCAGAGUGUGUGUAGAGUUUCCAUGAAGAAACGUGCUUUUGUGUGUGCGACUAAGCGUGAAUGUGUGUGUGAGUGCAAACGAGUGAGUAUAUGAAAACCUUUAUGUAAUCCGUUCAUUUACUUCUCUCAUGUUCCUGCUCCAAUACUUUUCUUCUGCUGGUAGGAGUGUAACCUGUAUAAUUGUGUCUUAGAAAAUAAACGUUGACCUUACUGUACUGUUCUUGGUAGCUGAAAAAAGUUUGACAGAUGUACAACAAAAGUUAUAGAUUUUUUUUUAAUUUCCUUUUUGAUUUUUUCCAAUAUUUUUUAAAAAUGUUACGUAAUUAUUUUUUCACAGUAUAUCAGAAAUAAAAGCACUGUUUUUCUA